AUGGAAGGACUUUGGACAAGAAUCUUUCUUGCAAAGUCUACGUACAACACCGGAGAUCUACAGCUUAGUGAGUUUGGAUUUGUGUGGGGUUUCCUGGCGGGGCUGGCACGCGGUGCGACGCGUUCGGCCCUUGCGGCGGAGCUGGCGGAAGCAGCGCAGGCCGGCAACGCUCCUGGCGUGCUCGAGGCCCUGGACAAAGGUGCUCUGCUGGAUGUUCCGAACGAGUAUGGCGAGACCGCCACGUUCCUGGCUGCCCUCGCGGGCUCAUCCGAGGUGAUCCAGGUGCUCUUGUCUCGGAGGGCCGACCACACCAUCCGCGACAAUGCAGGCUUAAGUGCGUGCCGUGCGGCGGAGUUGGGGGGAAGUCAGGCAGCCAUGACCCUCCUUGCGGCGGUCAGCCCGACGAUGUCAUCCGGCUACGGCUCGCUGCCCCGGGUGCCCGCGGCUUGCAGGUGCGAGAAUGUGCAGGUGACCAGAGUCAUCCCGCUGGGAGUGGACCACGCCGGUGCCGGCACUACGGUGGUGGACAAUGUCUUCGAGGAUUCAUUUCUGGCGCGACUGGACGAGCUGUGGAAGAGGCUGCCGCUCGCGCCGAAGCAGAAGGCCUCUCCCACCGAUCGAGCCUACUACCAUGAUGUAGAGGGCUGGCUCACCGGCGCGUUGAACGAAGCAGUGCGAGCUGCGCAGCUCGCAGACGCAGCGGCAGCGAUGCCGCACAUGCGCUUCUUGAUCUACCCGGAGCCAGGAGGCUCCCUCCCGGCGCACGUGGACCUCCCCAGGACGGAGGGGAAGCUUCGCUCCACAUACACGUUCCUGCUCUACCUCAGUGACUGCCGGAGUGGUGGUGAGACGACCUUCCUGGAGUGUUUGGAGGGGGACGAGACGCUGGCAUCCAGCGGUGGCCUCGCCCCGGGCGACAGAGCGGAGGUGGCGGCAGUGAGCCCUGCGCGCGGGCGCUUGCUGCUGAUGCCGCAUGCCUGUCCGCACCUGGCAGCCCCAGUCGACGAGGUACCGAAGGUGUUGGUGCGAGGUGAGGUGCUGCCACCAGAUCCAGCUUCCGACAUCAACAUGUGGGGCGCCGCGGCCGAUCCAGCCAUGGCCACCACCUACCCUGA